AUGCACCAUGAUUCAAAAAUUGAUAUAGAAACUCGUAAACCAGAAAUAAUUAUGGAUUAUAAUUGUACCAAAGGUGGAGUUGAUACAGUAGAUAAAAUGUGUGCGGCAUAUUCUGUCUCUAGAAUUACAAAAAGGUGGCCACUUGUAAUUUUUUAUUCUUUGAUGAAUAUUGCUGGAAUAAAUGCUCAGGUACUGUUUUCAUACUCUAAACAUAACAAUUCCCCUAAAAUGAGAAGAUUAUUUUUGAAAAUAUUGGCAUUUGAUCUAUUGAAAGAACAUCUUGCUUCUCGAGCUCAAAUCUCAAGUUUACCAUCGGACAUAUCAUCUUUUUUGAAAAUAAAAUAUGCUGUUCCAAGUACAUCAGAUGUAUCUACAACCCCCCCUUUAAAACGAGAAACUUGCUUCGAAUGUGGGAGAAAAAAAAUGCGGCUACAUCUAUGA